GUCUGUCUCGUGGAGAAGCGGAGUCGUGGAGCUCGGAUGGGAUAGUCUACUCUCCGGAUGCUAGUGGAGUGAAGGUGUAUCUGUCGGAUAAUAUGCUGCCGAUCACUCUACCGACGUCGCCGAUUCAGUUCCAUCUGAAAUAGGCUACUCUGGUGACGGAUAUCCAAGCGGUUUGUCUCGUGAUUCCAGCAUUGAUGGCAAGAAAAUAAUAUUCCCCAAAACAAGAGGCGGCUUCUGUGGUCAACCUGUCUGCGAAUGCACCCUACAAAUUAAAACGCGCGUUUCAAUCAUUUACCCCACAUUCAUACAACAAGUUUCAGCGAUCUUACUUGUUUUUUUUGGACCUUUGCAUUUCCCCCUUCAACCAUGGACGAAGACAAUCAAGUACCUGAAGACCUUUCCUUGGAAGAGAGAGAUGAGCUGUCAAACAUACGACGCAGGAAAAAAGAGCUACUGGAUGACAUUGAGCGGUUGAAGUUUGAGAUUGCAGAGGUGAUGACUGAGAUCGAGCAGCUAACCUGCGUGGGAGAGAGUAAAACAACACAAAGAAAUAAACAGAUUGCCAUGGGAAGGAAGAAAUUCAACAUGGACCCCAAAAAGGGGAUCCAGUUUCUGUUGGAGAACGACCUUCUCCAGCACACUCCUGAGGACGUAUCCCAGUUCCUCUACAAAGGAGAGGGCCUCAACAAAACUGUCAUAGGGGACUACUUAGGAGAGAGGUAAC